ACACAUGCCACCAUUACUGGUGUCUGGAUGAUAAUGAUCCAUAUUACAAGGACUUUGGAGCUCCCCCACUGCGGGACUAUGGAUUUAGAUUUACUGAACGCAGCAAACCAAGACUUGACUUCUGCUGCGAAUGGCCGGGGCAGGCAGAGGUCUCACUCCUAUUCCAGCGCAGAGGACGCCAAGAACUACGGUCUGCACGCAGACACUGAGAAGGUUGUGGUCAGGCCACGUUCCAGGUCCUUUUACAGUUACGAGACCUCCGAGACCUUACCUGAUGAAUGCGACAAAAACGAGUGCCGGUCUAAUUUCCUGUGGCCGAAAGCUGCCACCCUGCUUGAGUUCAAAGGGACCAAAAAGGAGAAGAAAAGCGGGACCAACGUCACCACGCGGCUCACCUCCAGGAAAUCGAAGUCCAAAUCCAGCAAUCAUGUCUCAACCAAAGAACAGAAUGCCGGCAGCCGAGGAAACCUCAAGGCGGUUUCAAUGUUGACGAUCUCCGAGUCAGAUAACUGGGAGAUCAGCUCUAGUGCAGGAAUGAAGUACGGCCAGUUUGUGGACUGGGAGAAGAUCGACCCUGAGGCCGCUCAACGCUACCAGCUGCUCCUGAAGAGCGACCACAGUGAGAUGAAGACCAUGGGUCGAGAGGGAUUCUGGGCCGCUCCCCACACCCUACGGGCCAAGGCAUACUACCACAUCAUCCACGGCAUAUACUCCAGGUCUCCUACGCCGGACAAAGAUGUCCACCAGGAUUUGGCCAGAGAGCUUUUUGGGGAGCAGAAGAUCAGUACCCACCCAUUUCCUGAGUACAUGGAGGGGGGGGAAAUACCGAGGCAUUGCCUCAACAAGGCCGGCCUCAACUCGGUGAAAAAGACUCUGCUUUGCAUCAGCAAGUACUUCCCCGAGAUGAACUUCUGCCCCAUCCUGCCGGCCCUGGUGUCUCUCUUCCUCCACUUCAGCGAGGAUGAGGCAGAGUGCUUCCACAGUGUCUGCAGGCUCAUCACCUACAACGACCCCAACAAGCGCUACAUCGACCAGACCUUCCUUACGUACAGGGCCUCCUGCAUGACCUUCGGAGACCUGGCCAACAAGUACUGCCGGGGAAUUCGCAAGCUGAUCGCCAGCUCCCACCAGAACCUCUUUGAGUUCUACUCCGACUGGAUCAUGUGGAUCUUUGCUGACCUGCCGUUCACCUACGCCAUCCGUGUACUGGACGUCUACCUCCUGGAGGGCUACAAAGUGCUCUACAGAGUUGCCUUGGCAUUGCUGAGCCUCUACAAAGUAUCUGUGGCGUCGCGGGUGGCCGGCGUGGAGGACUUCAGAAGGGACAUGAAGAGCUUCGUAGAGAACGUGGCGCGCCACUGCACGGCCGAGAAGCUCCUGAAGAUGUCCUUCGCCAUACAGAUGGCAACACGGCGAGAGCUCAACCUGCUCUUCAAUGCCAACAAAGACUCACUCAUGCAAAAAGGCGUUAGCGUCCACCAAAAGCGACAAUCGGUGCAGAUGGUGGACUUCAGCCCCUUUAGCUCCAGUGUUGUGACAGGGACCGAAAUGAGAGUGGUCUGGGCCUGGAUACCAGAACGCUUCGCCCUGUUCAGUCCAGUUCGGCUCUUCAGUACGGCUGAACAUGGAAGAAGUCUGGCUACAUUCUACUCUCUUGUCGAGGGACACGAACCAGCAGUCUUGAUUCUCAAAACGGCUGAUGAAGAGGUAUGUGGUGGCUUCUUGUCAACUGAUUUGACAGAAAGAAUAAAGCAUGAAUCCGACGAACUAGCUUAUUUUGGCACGGGCGAGUGCUUUGUUUUCAUGCUCCGGCCUAGCAUGGAGCGCUACCAGCGGGCAAUGGUCAACAUUAUGACGCGUGGAGACGCAGGCAACAGUGUCUCCUCCCUGUCAUCUGACAGUGAAAGUUGCCCAAACAAAGCCGCCGCCACCAGCCCCAUGCAAACCCUGACGUGUCCUGCAGGCACUCUCCAGGAUCCCAGCUACCUCACCGUCCCCUUCACAGCCUCGUCGGAUGAUCUCAUCACUGCUAGAGACCCCAAGAGACUAAAGGAGCAAGUGGCGUCCAUGUUUAUAGCAGCCGGCAAAAACAAGCUUGUCAUUGGUGGCGAUGGGGGUCAUGCACUCUGCAUACACGGAGAUCUUGAGAGUGGAUUCACGGAGAGAUGUGACACAUUUCAGAGCACGCCGCUCUGUAGGGGAAAUUUUAAGAUCCAGUCAUUGGAGGUCUGGGGGAUCCAGAACUCAAUCUCGGUUGUAACCAGUGAAGAAGAGCACAUUUAAGUUAUGCUUGAAGUAAUGCUUAAGACACAUUAAGUUAAGUGAUUUCUUGUAAUUGUAUUUGUCAAUUUGUAUAAUUCUUUUUAUCAUUAUGCAUAUAUCAAGCACUUGGAUUAGAUAGCAUUUAACUUAACCAGGAUUUAAAAAAACAAAACAUUUUUGUUAAUUUUGUUAAUUCUUUUGCAACUUUUCAGCUAGUGGGAAAGACACAUCAUAUGGCCUAAUGUUAUUUUAGAUAUUAUAUGCCUAUGGUUAUUUUAGAUAUUUUAUCUUGAAAUUAAUUGGAAUAUUUGAGUUGGUUUACUUUACAGUAAUUGUGAUAUUUAUAUAUUUUUUAUAUAGAGAAAAAAUAAAUACCCUGGAAAUCGUGA